AUGACCUUCAUGCCUCUCCAACUGGUGCAGACCAGGACUACUACUCGCAGGAAGUACCAGUGAUCCACAUAAAGAUCUCCCUUCAGAACAGGCCAAGCCAAGAAACCCUCGGCACAAAGGAUCAGGGCUCAAAAGGAGCUUUAUCAGAAAGCAAGAGACAUAAAGCACCCAACAGCAAGCCUAUGUAACAGAAAAGUGACUGCAGGGAGCCACAAUGUUCUUCAGUUUGCGUGAACUGACUAUGUGGCUGGGUGUCUCCAUUCUGGAGGUGUUUAUCUGGCUGACAGCAUUACUUGCCACCCUGGUGCUGGUGGUUCUUCGAGUGGAGGAGGUGUUCUCUGCUGUUAGCUGGUGGCUGGUCCUCAGCCCUAUGUUCAUAGCCGAUGCUCUCAACACCUACUUCUGUGUUAUAGUUUUAAUACGCAUGUACCUGGAUGGAGUACUGAAGCCAGCUGCCCUGCGAGCACUAUGGAGCUUCUCCGUCCUGACUCUGGGCUUCACCUUCAAGUUUCUGUUGUGCCGCAAGCUAAGUGAACCUUCCCACCUGGAGUACUCGGCUGUCAUGUCUCCUGUGUUUGUCCUCCUUCAGUUGAUACUGAUACGAGCCUGCCAUCUCAACUAGUGUGAUUAUGCCAGUGAUAACUACUGCUCCUAAAUUUGCAACUAAACUUGUGUAAUUUAUCUCCAUCUUUAUCAGCAACUUAGUCCUUUUGCAUCUCAAAAUCUUGGAUUCAGUGAUGUGUGUGACUUAUGCAGUGCAUAUAAGUCAGCAGAGUAUCAUCAUCUUGUAUAAACUAUUGCGGUCAUGACUCACUGAAUCUGAGAAUUCAGGGUGUAACACAGGUUAGGUUUAUAGUUAUGGGUUACUUGUGAAAAUCCCUUAUUAAAAACUCAUGGUUAUGAUGGAAUUCUUCACUUGUUACUGUCCAAUAAAUGUUAUUACCUUGCA